UUUUUAUUAUUAAUAUUAAUACCGGAUAUUGUGGAAUGCGUGUCUGUGGAUGAUAAUAAUGAGUGUUUUGGUACCGGUUCAAUUGUUGGAGCCGUAUUUGGUACAUUAAUUGUUGUGUUUAUAUUAUUAGGUGUUGCAUACUUUUUUUGGAAUUAUUAUUGGCGAUCUAGAAAAGGAAAACAUUUAGUGCUGGAAACAGAUGUGGAAAAUGUUGGUGAUCAAUUUGCAUUUGAUAAUCCAUGUUUUAAAGAUGGAACAAUUCCUGCAGAAAAAUUAUCAAAUAAAGUUGACUUAAGUAAAACCAAAUGGACACAUUGGUCCCCACUUGGUGCACUUUCGUCCCAUAAACAUGACAAACGGAAAACAUUGGAUGAUUCACUAGUAGAGGCAAAACGAAUCAAUCUAAUAACAUUACGUAGUCAUGAUUUCACGGGAUUAGGUUUCAAUGUGCAAGGUAAUAUGCGUGAUGGAAUUUUUAUUAAAGAUGUGUUACACCGUGGUCCAGCAUUUGAAUCUGGCAAAGUUAAUUCAGGUGAUCGCAUUGUCAGUGUUCGAAUAUCAUUUGAUCAUAUGGUGUACGAAGAUGCGUUAACAAUUUUAAGUUAUGCUAGUCCUUAUGAAGUUCAACUUGAACUAGAAUCAUCUACUAGAACAUUGCCUAAAGGAACGCCAAAUGGUACCAGCUAUAGUGCAGUUAUACAUCCAGUAUACAAAAGUGGAUCAAGUGGGGACCUUACAAAGAUUGGCAAAUCAGCCCAACAGCGAUUAUUCAAAUCCGAUGAUACAGAAUAUCCAACACUAAAAUUAGGUAGUCAACCAACAACAUUAGAACGUCCAAAAUCAGUGCCAUCACCAAUCAUACAAAACAGUACAAAUAAUACAUUAACAAAACCGGAACGUACAAAAAAAGCAAAAACAUAUUCACCGUCACAAUUAAAACAACAAUUAGAACAGAAUUUCCAACAAAAUGAUAAAAAACUAAAUGAAAAUUUACAACAAAAAAUGAAUGAUCAAAUUAUUACAAAUAAUAUUGAAACAACAAUAGUAGCACGUACCGACGAUCCAACAACUGUAACAAUUACAAAUGAAAUUGAAAAUACAAAGAAUAAAUUACAAAAAUAUGGAGUACGUGUUUUACCACAACAACAAAAUGUAGAAGCAACACAAACAGAACGUUCACAAAAUGAAAAUAAUAUUAAUUAUGAAAAAUAUAAUGACGAAAAGAUCAGUGACGUUGAAAUAAUGAAUGAAAUGAACGAUAAUAAUAGUAAUGAACAAGAAUUUAAUCGACAAAAUAGUUUAACCAGUUCUGGUAUAAAACGUGAUAAAGCUGGUAUACCACAAGAAAUACCUGAUCAUAUGUUACAAGCAGCGAAUGCCGCAAAUGCAGCACGUAAAAAUCGUAAAAGUGUAGUACCAGAAAAUGAAAAUAUUGAGAAUAUUAGUAAUGGUAUUGACACAACUGAUUCAAGUAUUAAAUUAAAUAAAAAAUCAAAAGGUAAAGCUCCAGCGCCUCCACCAGUUACAACUACUCCUGUAAAAGACGAAGAAGAAGAGACUACAAACGAACCAGAAACAAUAAUCGUUGAAAAACCAAUAAUAUUUAAAGAAACAAUUCAAAAGUCAAAAUCAACUGGUACAAUUGAAGCGGCUAUAAAAUCAACGGUCACUGAUGAUUUAACAAUGUCCGAUCACAUUGUAAGUGGAAAUUGUAAUUUUGAGUACAGUUCAGAUUCAGAUGCUGAUACAGAUCAAAAUUCAGUUAUAAACAAUACAAUUGAACUGAAUGCAAGUGAUAUUACAAUACAUCAUUCAUCCGGCAAUUCAGAAUCAGAAGGUACCGAUAUUAGUAACGACAGUCGCAAAGCAGCAAGUUUAGGUGAUUUAUCUAAAUACGAUUCGACGGGGCGACGUACUGGUACUCUAGAACGUGCUCAAAGUUUAGAUAUUACUGAUACAGGAAGUAUACCGACGUUAACGAAAAAACGAAAAGCACCAAAUCGUCCAGAAGAUGAAAUGAUCGAUUUAGAUAAUUUUAAUUCUGAUGAAUUUUUAUAUUCGAAUAGUUUAAUGAAAAAUAAAGAACCACGAUUAUCGUUAGGUAACGAACAUCAUUUAAUAGCACCACCAUUUCAAAUGACACGAUUAAAAAAAUGGGGUAAUUUAGAGGAUGUUAUUGCAAAUAUUCCAUCGCUUGAAAGCGAAAGUAAUAAUCUUAACGAAAAUAAAAGUGAUUUUGAUAAAGAAAAAAAUUUAAAUACAAUCGUCACAACUACUACAACAAUCGAGGAAAAAAUUGAUAGUUCACCAACAAUAGUUACCAAUAAUUUACCACCAGAAACCAUAGAUAUUAAGACCGAGGAAAAUAUUGUUGAAGUUAAUGAUAAACCAGAAUUUUUAUCAGAUAUUCCAAUUGAUUCGGCAUAUAAUUCGGAACCAUAUAGUUCAUUAACAUUUUCUAUCGGGGAAACAACAAUCGAUACGCCAAAUAACGACAUCAUCGAAAAUAAUGUACAGACAUUAAAAAUUACAACCGAAAAUAAAGAUAUCGAGAAUGAAGCCAAUAAUCCAACAACCGUAACAUUUACACCUUUCUCUGUAGAGAAAGAAACAUUAGAAUCAUGUUUGAAAAAUACAUCGGAAAGUUUAAAUGAAAAAUUUAUAGAAAAUCCUACACUCUCGGAAAAAUUAUCAUUAAAUUUCACAAGUAAAUUAUAUGAUACGAAUGUUUCAGAUGAUAUUAAAGUAUCGCGACAUUCGUUAGGUAGUUUAGAACGCCCGAAAUCGGAUGUAUUAAAAAAUGUAAAUAAAUUAAAACAGCUACAAUCGCUAAUACAAAGUGAUUUAGGAGGUGUAAGUAAUGUAACAAUUACAACCGAAGCUACGUUACCAACAAAUGAUAAUUUUAUCACGGAAAAUGGUAAUAUUACACAUUUUCAAAUAAAUACCAAUGAUGAUACAGAUGCUACGUCUACCGAAUUAUAUACAACAGCUAUCGACACAAGUUUAGAACCAAUUGAAUCAAAUAUUGAUGAUGCAAAAUUGGAAUUAAUGUUAAAUAAAAAUGGAGUAGAUGAAGAUUCAAAUUUAGAUAAUUCUAGUGAUAAAUAUCCAAGUUUAACUUCGUCAUCAAAUAGUUUUGUAACAGAAAUUGAAGUAUCACCAAAUAAAAAUAAUAUUUCAGAAGUAACAAUAAAUAAUAAUGGUGUUCAAGAGAAUGAGGAAACUGAAAGAUCACCAAAAAAAUUACCUGAAAUGAAAUUUACAACAUCAAGUUAUGAAAAUUCCCGACCGGCAAUUGAAACAAAACGAUUAUCACAGAUAGAAAUGUUACGAUCAAAUUUUGAAAAUAAAACGGUUAUAAAAUCACCAACUAGUCCAACAAAAUCAAAAAUACCAGUUGCAAUACAUACAAAAACAACAUCACCAGAUCGACCUGCUUCAUAUAAUGUGAAAGCGGAUCUUGAUUCUGGCGAUGAAAAGGAAAUCAUUGAUAUCAUGUCAAAAAAUACUGUACAUUCGACACCUUUAUCAAUACAAAAAUUAAAAAAUCCCGUAGUAAAAAAUUUAAAUAAUAAAAAUGUGACUGUUACAUCAAUACGAACCAGUUCGAAAAUACCAUCUGGUCAUUUUACGGCUGGUAAUUUUCCAAGUCGACCGCCAAUUCCACCAAGACGUAACGAUAAUGAAAACACAACAGAAAGUACCUUUCAACAAUGGGUAUUUACACCAACCGAUACGAAAUACACAUCAUCUGCGAAUGUUACGGAGAAAAAAAGCGAAUAAUUAAUUUAUUUAUGUGAGAAUGUAUGCAAAGUUUUUGUUUUUUUUUUUUCAUUAUUAAUAUUUUGAUUGAGAGAGUGCAAUAUAUUCUGUUAUAAAUGAAAGAGAAAAAAUUGUUUAAUAUUUUUUUGUUACAAUUAAAAAUUGUGCCAUUGGAAAAUAUUUCCUUUUAAUUGAAGGAUAAUUCCGCCGUAAAUUCUCCCCAGCUUUCCCACGAAGCAACACAUAUUGAAUUCAUAGAGGUGGGAAUGUUUAUGAACAAAAUUUUAAUUAUAAAAGGCUUCGAUUUUAAACUAAAAUUUAUUGUCCAAGGAAUUUCGUGAUAAGAUAGGCGUAGAAUACAAUGGACUAGAUAUGUUUUUUUUUCGGCGGACCUAAAUAUUGAAACAAGAAACUCGACACAAAGAUUCGUACAGGAUUCAGGAAGUAUAUAAUUUAUCGACAUUCGGCUUCAUUUUAUCGAGGCGCUUUAUUAAAUUUUCUUUAUUUAUUUACCUUAGAAUAUAUACUAGAAGCGAAAUACUUUUUGCUUUACUACUGACUUGAAAUUUUCCAAUUAUUUGAUAUGAUCUAUGUUUUUUACCCGAUUUUAUAUUUUAACUGACAUCUUCUUUACAAUAUUUAUGAAUCCUCUACAGUUUAUUUAAUAUUUUAAGUCUUUUAGUGUCGUAAUCUCUGUUUCUAUAAGGGAAAUUAUAAAAUUUGUAUAUCUAUUUGUUUUUUAUAAGGAACAUCAAUUCUACUUAUUAUUUUAAUUGUAAGUUCAUUUUUAUGUUGUUUUAAUUUAAGUCUACAUUUUAAAGGACUGUACCAUAGAGACUUAAUUAAGAAUAUAUUUUAUCGACAUUCGCAUAUUGUGGAAAUUCUUGAAAAAUUUGUCUUUGAUGGCAUAAAAUCAUGUGAUAUUCAAGUUGUUAAUUGAACGUCACGUAAAUUCAUAAUAUAGUGAGGUAGAUCAACAUUACAUUGUGCAAUAUUUUUCGCAAUAUCCAAGAUUUCGAAUUUCAAAAUCAAGCAAUAUUUCAAAAAAUGUUAAGUUUCUAUUUAACUAUUUAGAAUUUAAGAUACCAGGGUAAUCCGAUCUAGUUUGCAGAAAGCAAUUGAGAAAUUUUACCUCACUAUUAUAUGUAAGUACCGGGUAAAGGUGGAAUAGUUUUCAAAUAACCUGAGAUUUCACUUAUU